CAAAAAAUGCACUCUCACAGUCACAUUCACUUACUUCCAUCCACUAAUCACGCAGUUUUCUCUACCACCACCACUCUUUGCCUCACUACAAAGCUAAACACUAAAACACCCAUUUCUUCCCCUUGUUCAAAACAACAAAACCCACCUUUCUAAUCUCUUUCUCUCUCUCCAUAUUCCAAAAGAAAUGGGGGAAGAAGAAUCAGGAGAAGAAUAUCUGUUCAAAAUAGUAGUAAUUGGGGACUCAGCAGUUGGAAAAUCUAAUCUUCUUUCAAGAUUUGCAAGAAAUGAAUUUGACCACAAUACAAAAGCCACAAUUGGGGUUGAAUUCCAAACAGUUUGUGUUGAAAUUAAUGGCAAAGAAAUCAAAUCUCAGAUCUGGGAUACUGCUGGUCAAGAAAGAUUUAGAGCUGUAACUUCUGCUUAUUAUAGAGGUGCUGUUGGUGCACUUAUUGUUUAUGAUAUCAGUCGUCGCACCACUUUUGAGAGUAUUAAUCGUUGGCUUGAUGAGCUUAAUACUCAUUGUGAUACUGCAGUAGCAAGAUUGUUGGUUGGUAAUAAGUGUGAUUUGGAAAACAUUCGAGAAGUGAGUGUGGACGAGGCCAAAAGUGUCGCUGAAUCUGAAGGAUUAUUUUUCAUAGAGACAUCAGCCCUGGAUUCAACUAAUGUGAAGACAGCGUUUGAGAUAGCAAUCAAGGAAAUUUACAACAAUAUCAGCAGGAAACUAUUAAAUUCAGAUUCUUAUAAGGCUGAGUUAUCUGUCAAUCGAGUAACCCUAGCCAAAGAUGGUUCAGAUUCAAAUCGGAGUCGCCUAGGCCUGUCUUGCUGUUCUAGUUGAGAUUUACCAAAUUUUGUUGUAUCUUUCAACCUUUGCUUUUACUUUGUUUUGUAAUUGUGUCUUGUUGUCAAAGGACACUCCACAAAGUUUCUAUUGAUUCUUCACUAGCUGAAAAUCUUGAGUUUUAUACACUUGCACAGAAUCACUCAGAACAAUUAAGAUCCAAUUUUAACUGUGAUAUCUGUCACCUUUUGGUUGUGACUUGUGAGCCUUUCAGCUGAAUUCAAACCUAAAUGUUCUUAA